CCCUGCUCAGCCCCGCCAUGCGGCCCGGCGGCGUCGACCGCGGCUCCCUCAUGAUGGGACACCCUGGAAUGCCGCACUACCCCCCCAUGGGGAUGCACCCCAUGGGACAGAGACCCCCCAACAUGCCCCCAGUUCCCCAUGGGAUGAUGCCUCAGAUGAUGCCCCCCAUGGGAGGACCCCCAAUGGGGCAGAUGCCUGGAAUGAUGCAGUCGGUGAUGCCUGGAAUGAUGAUGUCCCACAUGUCCCAGGCUGCCAUGCAGCCCACGGUUCCUCCGGGAGUGAACAGCAUGGACGCACAAGUAGGUGUGACCCCUCCUGGAACUCAGACGACGCAUCCCGUGGUCUCCACAGUCCAGCAAAGCUCCACCACCACCAGCUCUGCCAGCGAGGACCACUCCAAGCAGAAAUCCACGUGGACGGAGCACAAAUCCCCGGAUGGAAGAACUUAUUACUACAACACUGAGACCAAGCAGUCCACGUGGGAGAAACCAGAUGACCUCAAAACCCCUGCUGAGCAAUUGUUAUCCAAGUGUCCCUGGAAGGAAUAUAAAUCAGAUUCUGGGAAGCCUUAUUAUUACAAUUCCCAAACAAAGGAAUCCCGCUGGGCAAAACCCAAAGAGCUGGAGGAUCUUGAAGCAAUGAUUAAAGCUGAAGAAAACAGGUACAUUUUUAAUAUUAUGCUAAUUUUUUGCCUGAGGGCCUUCAAACCUUUCCUGAGGGCCUUCAAACCUUUCCUGAGGGCCUUCAAACCUUUCCUGAGGAAGUUUAAACCUUUUUGCUGCGGCCCUUCCCAACCUUUCCUAGGAUCCUUCAACCCUUUUUCCUGCGCCGCCCCCGGAACGCAGGACGGCAGCGCCGACACCGCCGCUGCCCACACGGAGGAGGCGGCCAAGCAGGACGGGUCGGGAGAUGCUGCUGCAAAGAAGGAGGAUGAGGAGGCCCAACCAGUUAAAAAAACCUACACGUGGAACACAAAGGAAGAGGCCAAACAAGCAUUUAAAGAACUGUUAAAAGAAAAGCGGGUUCCAUCCAAUGCUUCCUGGGAGCAAGCCAUGAAAAUGAUCAUCAAUGACCCCAGAUACAGUGCUUUGGCAAAACUGAGUGAGAAAAAGCAAGCCUUUAACGCCUACAAAGUUCAGACAGAGAAGGAGGAGAAGGAAGAAGCCAGAUCCAAGUACAAGGAAGCCAAGGAAUCCUUCCAGCGCUUCCUGGAAAACCACGAGAAGAUGACAUCCACCACCAGAUACAAGAAAGCUGAACAAAUGUUUGGGGAGAUGGAAGUGUGGAACGCCAUAUCCGAGCGGGACCGGCUGGAGAUUUACGAGGAUGUUCUGUUCUUCCUGUCCAAGAAGGAGAAGGAACAAGCCAAGCAGCUGCGGAAGAGGAACUGGGAAGCUCUGAAGAACAUUCUGGAUAACAUGGCCAACGUCACCUACUGCACCACCUGGUCAGAGGCACAGCAGUACCUCAUGGACAACCCCACCUUCGCCGAGGAUGAGGAGCUCCAGAACAUGGAUAAGGAGGACGCCCUGAUCUGUUUUGAGGAACAUAUCAGAGCCUUGGAAAAAGAGGAGGAGGAAGAGAAGCAGAAAAGUUUGCUGAGGGAAAGGAGGAGGCAGCGUAAAAACAGGGAAUCUUUCCAGCUGUUUCUGGACGAGCUGCACGAGCACGGGCAGUUACAUUCCAUGUCCUCCUGGAUGGAAUUGUACCCGGCCAUCAGCUCCGACAUCCGCUUCACCAGCAUGCUCGGCCAGCCCGGAUCAACAGCGCUGGACCUGUUCAAGUUCUACGUGGAGGAUUUAAAAGCUCGUUACCACGAUGAGAAAAAGAUAAUUAAAGACAUCUUAAAGGAUAAAGGAUUUGUGGUGGAAGUGAACACUUCCUUCGAGGAUUUUGUCACCGUCAUCAGCUCCACUAAAAGAGCCACCACGUUGGAUGCAGGGAAUAUCAAACUGGCUUUCAACAGUCUGCUGGAGAAGGCGGAAGCGCGGGAACGGGAGCGGGAAAAGGAGGAAGCGCGGAAGAUGAAGAGGAAGGAAUCGGCUUUCAAGAGCAUGUUGAAACAAGCCACCCCCCCCAUCGAGCUGGAUGCUGUCUGGGAGGAUAUCCGAGACAGGUUUGUGAAGGAGCCGGCAUUUGAAGACAUCACCCUGGAAUCUGAAAGGAAAAGGAUAUUUAAGGAUUUCCUUCAUGUCCUUGAGCACGAGUGUCAACACCACCACUCCAAGACCAAGAAACAUUCGAAGAAAUCCAAAAAACAUCACCGGAAGCGCUCCCGUUCCCGCUCCGGCUCAGAGUCCGAGGAUGACGACAGCCACUCCAAGAAGAAGCGGCAGCGCUCGGAAUCGCGGUCGGUGUCGGAGCGUUCUUCCAGCGCCGAGUCCGAGAGGAGUUACAAGAAGUCCAAAAAACACAAGAAGAAGAGCAAGAAGAGGAGGCACAAGUCUGAUUCACCAGAAUCUGACGUGGAACGAGAGAAGGACAAGAAAGAAAGAGAGAGGGAUAGCGAGAAGGAAAGAGCCAGACAGAGAUCUGAGUCCAAGCAUAAAUCUCCCACUAAAAAACGGCCUGGAAAAGAUUCCGGAAACUGGGAUACCUCUGGCAGCGAGCUCAGCGAGGGGGAGCUGGAAAAACAGAGGAGGACUCUUUUGGAACAGCUGGAUGAAGAUCAGUGAGAAGAUCCUUGAUACCAAAAAUGUUUACAGGUGGCAAAAUAAAACCAAGCCUUGUGUGGGCGAGGCCCUGGGGCCGGUGGCCGGUGGCUCACGGCCACAACAACGGUGGCUUUUAGUUUUUUACCACUUCAAUCCAGUCAAAAGUAGAAAAAAAAAAAGAAAAUCCAUGGAAUUCUGAGGGCAAAGCUGUGCCUGGCCUGGAGCUGCGGGGCGGGAUGGGGGCUGGGAUCCCCUGGAGGGGACACGGAGGUGGCAGCAGUGUCCCCAAGCACUUUCCCAGUGUCCUUCCCAAGGCAGGGAACAGCCCUGGGCUGCCUGGGCAGAGCCCAGCUCAGCCUCAGGAAAAACAAUUCCUAAUUUAAUUCCUGGUGUUUUCAGUCACUGGUGGAUUUGGUUGGGUGGGGUUUUUUGGGAAGGCAGCAGGAGUAAGGGAUCCACGUCCUGAUGUGUUCUGCAAACCCCUUUGGCUUUCGGGGUUGUUUGGCACUGCAGCUUUUGUCCAAGACUGAUUCCGUGUCCAAGUCCCGAUCCCAUCAAUCCCAAAUCCCUGGGAAUGUGCUGGACGGGAAUUCUCCCGCUGUGCCAGCAGAGGGAGCGUUUGGGACACAACCACCCCGGCAUUCCCGAAAUCCCAGCCCUGGCUGUUACUCCAGCGUUUCUCUCUCCACCUUUUCUCUUCCCCUUCGGAAAAUCUAGGAAUAAAAAUGCAAUGUCAAACACAAUUCCAUGUGUUGCCUUAAGAACCUGCUGCAGAAUGUACCUGCACGGCCCAGAGGAGGGAGGAGGAGGCAGCUCCAGCCCCGAUUUCCAGCACGUUCAGGAAGGUGCCCCCAGCCCUGCUCGGUGAGAAAAUUGGGAAGCCGCUGUCCUUGGAAUAUUUUUGUACAUUUUUAUUGCUGAUUAAACCUUGUCUUUUAGCAUGUA